AUACCCACUCCGUUACCAGAGUUCUAUCACGCAUAGUAUUAAAUGGGUUACAAAUUAAACACUAUAGCGUAUUAUAGGUGGCUUAUAAUUCUGUUCAGCUUCAGUAAUUUUGACCAAAUAUAACUCUGGUAUUUUAAGUUUAUUUUUCAAUUUUUCAAUUGCAAGUAUUAAUUGUUUGUUAAGUUUUGUUUUAAUUGUAUAGUUACUUUAAAUUACUUAAUUAUUAAAAAUGUUGCAUCUCAACACUGUCCCUGAAGAUUACGUGAGGAAGACCAACCAGUAUGCCCAAGUGGCUCUGGCCUGUGGGCGCGCGGCCCAUCAGACCGCUCUCCGGGGUGCAAGCGCUCCUAGCCCCCAACUCGCUGCUUUGACUCCCAAGGUCCGAGCCUUCGUGGAGCGCAGUGCUGCUCUCUGUCAGCCGGAACAUGUGCACGUCUGUGACGGCUCCGAGGCUGAAGCCGCUGCCUUGUUGCAUAUCAUGCAGCAACAGGGAAUGCUUAAGCGCUUGCCUAAAUAUGACAACUGCUGGCUGGCCCGCACCGACCCAGCUGACGUAGCCCGCGUGGAGUCCCGCACCUUCAUCUGCUCUGACAAGGAGAGAGACGUGGUGCCCAUCGCUCGUGCUGGUCAGAAGUCCGCUCUGGGCAACUACAUCGCUCCCAGUGAUUAUGAUAAGGCUAUCACCGAGAGGUUCCCUGGAUGUAUGAGAGGCCGUACAAUGUACGUGAUCCCAUUCUCCAUGGGUCCCGUCGGAUCCCCAUUGUCUAAGAUCGGAGUGGAGAUCACCGACUCACCCUACGUCGUAUACUCCAUGCGUGUUAUGACCAGAAUGGGAGCCAAAGUGUUGGAAGCUCUUCGUCAAGAUGAGCAGUUCGUCCGAUGCUUACACGCGGUCGGCACCGGCGGUAUUGCGGGCUGGCCCUGCGAUCCGCCGCGCACCAUCAUUCUGCAUAAACCCGCUGAUAAUGAGAUCGUUAGCUAUGGCAGUGGUUAUGGAGGCAACAGUUUGUUGGGCAAGAAGUGUUUCGCUCUGAGAUUGGGAUCUGUCAUCGCGCGCCGCGAGGGAUGGCUGGCUGAGCAUAUGCUGAUCGUAGGAGUAACAGACCCCAAAGGCAGGAAGCGCUACAUCGCCGCCGCGUUCCCCUCAGCCUGCGGCAAGACCAACCUCGCCAUGAUGACGCCCACGCUACCGGGGUACAAGGUCGAGUGUGUGGGCGACGAUAUAGCGUGGAUGAAGUUCGAUAAGAACGGGGUCUUGAGGGCUAUCAAUCCGGAGAAUGGGUUCUUUGGUGUUGCUCCAGGAACCUCAGAAGCCACGAACCCCAUAGCGAUGUCAACAGUAUUCCAAAACACGGUAUUCACGAAUGUCGGCGAGACCAGUGACGGCGGCGUCUGGUGGGAGGGUAUGGGCAAUGCGCCUGAGACCCUCACUGACUGGAAGGGACAGCCUUGGGAUGCUAGCAAGAAGACCCCCGCUGCACACCCUAACUCUAGAUUCUGCACUCCAGCGGAACAGUGCCCCAUCAUCGACCCUGAAUGGGAAAGCUCUGAAGGUGUGCCCAUCUCCGCCAUCCUCCUGGGAGGGCGCAGGCCUGCCGGAGUGCCAUUAGUCGUGGAGUCCCGCGACUGGCAGCAUGGGGUGUUCAUGGGAGCCACCAUGAGAUCUGAAGCUACUGCUGCCGCUGAACAUGCUGGCAAAGUAGUGAUGCACGACCCGUUCGCGAUGCGUCCGUUCUUCGGCUACAACUUCGGCGAGUACAUCAAGCACUGGCUGUCCAUGCCGCAGCAAGGCAGACAGAUGCCCAAGAUCUUCCACGUCAACUGGUUCCGCAAGAACGAUGAGGGCAAAUUCCUAUGGCCCGGUUAUGGCGAGAACUCCCGCGUCCUGGACUGGAUCCUGCGCCGCUGUGACAACGAGCCCUGCUACACUGAGAGCCCUCUCGGCAACAUCCCCACUGAAGGCGACCUCAACACUGACAACCUCGGACCCAUCGACAUGAACACCCUCUUCAGCAUACCCAAGGACUUCUGGCUCCAAGAAGCCGACGCCAUCGAAAAGUAUUUCAAGGAAGAAGUUGGAGAAGACCUACCCCCAGCCAUGUGGGAGGAACUCAACAAACUUAGGAAAAAUGUCCAACAAUCAUAAAUACCAAAGAUUUUUAGUUUUAAGCCUAGACUAAGUUCUGGAAUGUAAAGAUACUACUUAUAUUUUCUUUUUCGUGUAUUUGCAAACAUUCCCGAGAUAUGUUUAUUUUUUCAUUUUAAUCGAGCGCUGGUCGUACAAUUUUGAGAUAAAAAUGAUUGAAAACUAAAUGGAUGGUUUUACGAAGAACAAGAAGGCUGUGUUAUUUAAGUAAAAAUAAUGAUAUUUUAUAAGAAUUUUAUGUAUUGUAUAACGCGAUAAUUAAUUACUCAUCAGAUAUUGGAUAAAUAUUUUUAUGUGUAAGUUAAUUUUUAAAUAAAACGUAUUAUUCAAUGAGUAUAA